AAAAACCAAAACAAAUAAUUCACAAUAGCGUUUGACAUUUGACAAUAAAUCUAUCGAAGAGGAAAAAAACACGUAGCCGAAAAACAAUAGAACUGCAAAAGAAAAAUCAAAUAAAUUAAUGAUUAAAAUUAAUUUAUUUGUCUGAUACAAUGUUGGAAAAAGGAUAUUUAAUACAUUUGCUAACAUGGCUGCUAUUAGUCACUAAUUACAAUUUAUUAGCCAAAGCGCACGAUGCCAAAGACUUUGACGAUACAAUCUUGUACAAAAUUGAUUUUGAUGUUCCAGAUUUCGAUAAAAAUCCUGAACUCAAAGAACAUGUGCGUACAUUUUAUACCCAUGAACAUGAAAAGUAUGAUUGUGUCAUACCCAAUGUCCAGGAAGCAAAAGAAGAGGAAAUCUACAAUAAAGGAAAUAUAAAUCCCCUUAUUUUGCUUACUCCCAUGUUUACUAAACCCAGUUGUUCCUACCGCAUUGAGGCCUACUGGUCGUAUGAAAUUUGCCAUGGCUAUCAUGUACGCCAAUAUCAUGAAGAACGCGAGGGCAAAGCUGUUAAAUUUCAGGAAUACUAUUUGGGCAAAAGGAAUGAUGAAGAUUUUAAGAAAAUGGAAGAGGAAUGGGAAGAAAAGAGCAAAGCCGGCCCUAUCAAAUAUAAAACAACCAAAAUCGACAACAUAAAUUAUCCUUACUUUGAAAUGGUACUAACAGGAGGCACAAUUUGUGAUAUAAUAAAUGCUCCACGUACCACUGUUUUGCGUUAUGUCUGUUAUCCUCAUGGCAAAAAUGAAAUCUAUUCAUUCAAAGAGACCUCAUCGUGUAAUUAUGAAGCCAUAAUUCUAACAUCCGCUCUAUGUGCCUUCUUGGCUUUCCAUCCGGAGGAGUAUAAGGAGGUUCCCAUUAAAUGCUACAAUUCUCCCACAGAGCCUAAUAAGCCUUUGAGUAUGCUGCGACAAGAAUUGAGCGAUAUGCAAUUGUCAUUCGAUGAUUUACCUAUGUCAAAAGAAGGUAAUGACGCUGCCUCUACACUGGUGCAAAAAACUAAUGACGAACAACGGUUUGUUUUUAUGAAUCGUUUAGGUGAUGAUGUUGAUAAAUUGGUAUUUAGUUUAAUCAAGGAACGUGGUAAUGGUUUAAUAAUGCCACAAGAAGGCACAACCGGUGAAAGUACUGUAGUUAAGCAGCCGCCUACGUCGCCGGUUGUCUCUGACAUAUCACCACUUUUGGAAUUUAUUAAGGGCACAACAUGUUUGACUGGGGGAUCUGGUUGGUGGAAAUAUGAAUUUUGCUAUGGCAACUAUGUACGACAAUUUCACAAAGAUAAAAAGUCGGAAACUGAACUAUUUUUAGGCCACUUUGAUACCCAGGCUCAUCGUCAGUGGAUACAAAUGAAUCCAGAUAAGAGGCCACAAGAGCAAUCAUCUUCUAUUUGGCAUCAUUAUGAAAAAGGUUCGAAAUGUGAUCGUACCGGUUUGCCGCGAGAAGUUGAUGUCAAGUUGACUUGCAGCGGCUUGGGUUCAAUGAAUCCUACGGCUGUUUCCAUGUACCUCUUGGAGCCCAAAACCUGCCAAUAUAUUUUGGUAUUCGAGUCGCCAAUGGUUUGCAUGCUGAUGGGUUACACCGACGAAUAUGGUCUAAUAGAUGACGAAAAACUACAAAAGUUUUGCUGGAGAAAGAUGCCACUGUUACCACCACUAGUGGCGGCAUUAACAAUAAUGAUUCGCCAGUACCCGCGGCCACACCAGUGGAUGUUAGACUAUAGUUGAUUACUAUAAUCUAUUUUAUUGUGAUCAUUUUUUGGGAUUUUUUUUAAUAUAACUAUCGUCACAUUAAUUUGGACUUACUGACUUCUUUGAAAACUGUCCAGAAGGUAAAUGAAAAUUUAUUAAAACCGCAAAUUAAUUUAAACAAAAUAUUGACCUUUCUAAACUAAGUAGACGAUAUGUAUUUACUUUAAAUAUUGUAACUUAAAAGCCUAAUAUAAUGUAAUUAAGUAUUUAAUAAAAAAAACAUAAAUAAGUUAUGUAGCUAAUUACAGUGAA